GACCGGAACCACGGUCCAAUGUAAACCAAAGCGGCCAAAACACACCGAACACCCAUGGCGAAGACCAAAGAAACGAAAGGGCGAAGGGCGAAAGUCAAAGGAUUUUUUUUUGCUUUUUUGUGUCUUUACGUCAGCCAGGAACUUAUCCUUCCGGAUUCCAACGCCCAUUUGCUACUCCAUCCCCCAGCGAAAAGCUCACCUGAAAAUGCUGUUGUUGAUGUCGAUAUUCAUGUUCAUGCAAGGGCGCUGCUCUUGAGGCACCGAACCACGAAUUCAUUCUCCCGCACCAGGUUCUUGUCACGAGUCCGCUGAUGAGCGAGGCCUCCCUCGCAGACGACCAACAACAGCAUGUAUCCUCAUCAUCCACAACAUCAGCCCCAGCACACUCAGGAGCAUCAGCAACAGGCAAGUCCGAAUCUAUGGACAGCAUCGAGUAUAGCCACAACCAAUACAGCAGUGGGCACUACACAAACAGCCACAGCAAUGGUCAUCCGAGCAAGACAAGCAGCAGCAGUAGCCUCAGCUUCAGGGGCCCGCUGCAGUCAUCGGUUGCUACGCUCUCAUCGGGACAGUACCAACUCACAGUCGCAACAUUUCAUAAGCGGAAUCAGGACACAAACUCCUUCAGGACAGGACAGCAGUUCUUGAUCAAGCUAGAUCUGAAAUCGGUCUCUAAUGAGCCCUUCAAAACCCCAAUGUCCCUCAUUCUACCUCGAAAAAUGAUCCAGGGCCACCAAAAGGCAAGGCAGGCCGACUCUACAACAGCAGCAGUAGCCUCAGCAGCCAAUACAACUACAGACUCGGCUUCCACAGGAGCAUCCCUGAACCAGGAUCUUCAAUCGAACCAGUCGCAGGAUGUACGCUCUCCCUUGACAGGCGACCCAGAGAGUCAUUUUUAUCUCGAGGUCACUGUCCAUCUCGCAAGCUCAGAAGCCAUUGUACAGGCGUGUCCAGAAUGCUGCCACAAGGUCGAGGGUAAAGUACGCAAGCCGUCCAACGGACCAGGCGCGCCGUUGAAGGCUGGGGCUAAUGACAAUGUGGAUCCGGGUCAGAUCCUUCAAUUCUGCGUGGCUGAUCACGUCGUCGACUUUACGCAUGGAACAUCGACUGUCAUGGCUAAGGUCCUAUGCUCUUCAACACAUCACGACAAGAGAGGAAACAACGACCGUUACUUUUUCAAGUUCAGUCUGAUGCAGUAUUUGAACGGCCAAAAGAUCCACGUUGGAUCAUGUAGAACCAAAGAUAUUCUGUUCACUGGAAACCACAAAAACAAGAGCAUGGCAUCCUUCAGCGAGGACAAGGCCGAAGCCAAGCCUCGAACCAAUCGUGCUGAAGAAGAAUUAGGAGUCAGUGCGCCUCCAGCCAUGGUCAUGGGACAAUCGUUCUAUUCAGAGGAGCCAGACUCUAUACCCGACGAACCACUCGACAAAUAUGGCCAUGCGCAACCCUACAACGCAGGGACUCGCCCACAGCACGCGUCUCAGCAUCCGUCCUACUCAUCCCACAGUAAUAGCCCACGGCAUUAUACCGCAGACCAUCUCCCAAGGAUUUAUGAACCACCGUCCACGGGCGUUGAGGCUGUUCGUCAGAGACAUCAUACAUUGGACAAGGAGCCCUACAGUAGCCAGGAAAGUCGGUCUCCGUUGAUGGGCCACGGACCUGGACCGACAUACAAGGGACCUAGUCAGGGACAUGCCGCAUCUAUGGCGGAACCUAGACUGGGUCCGCAUACUGGAUACGCACCUGUAAAAGCAAAGUCGUGGAACGACAGCUUCAUGGCACCCAAGAUCAGCAGGAUUAUUCCGGAUGCUGGCGAUAUGUUAGGAGGCACUGAGAUUACUGUUUUUGGCUCUGGGUUCCGAAGUACGAAUCGAUAGGCAUGCAUGAACGACUCUUUUCUAUUUCUUAUACGGUAGAAACUCACCAUUUUUUUUUCUUGUUCUACAGCUGGAUGGAUUCCGUACUUUGAUGCCUUACCAGCGACGA